UCUAUGGUUACUAUGGCUGUCGAUCGACAAGCGUAGGGUAGGGUAGGAGUAAUAAGAGUAAAUAUUUUCUAUAUGAUUUUUUCUUAAAUUUAUUAUCACUUAUGAAUUCAUUACUAAGCAUGGAAUUAAGUGACGAAUAAGUGCUUUGAAAAUCAACGGCCCUCUUGUCUGAGGGAUCCAUAGAGCGUCCCAGCUGUGACCAGUGGAUAACUAGGCUUUUAGGAAGAACAAUGGCGCAAGUGGGGGCGAACAUGGAAUACCAAGAAUACAAAUGGGCCUAUUCAAUCAUGGAUUCUUCAAGAGUCUCUGCGUGUCUGAUAUCUAUGCUCCUGAUCGUCUAUGGCAGUUUCCGAUCUUUGAAUAUGGAACGCGAGGCGAGAGAAAAGUCGGAACGCGAAAAAGAAGCCUGCUUAUUAGGCAAUAAGACACCGCCUAGCUCUUCAUCUAGUAGUAAUGUACAAACAUUAAACACGAUGCAGGCGUUGUGUUUCCCUCUGGGGUCAUCAGCGGCCCUGCUAGUUAUGUUCUUCUUUUUUGACUCCGUGCAAACACUCGUCGCGAUAUGUACAGCCGUUGUAGCCUGUGCGGCCCUAGCGUUUCUCCUAACCCCGCUGUGCCAGUACGUGGCUGGAGGAAGUCGGGCUGCGCUGUGCGGCCGGUACUCCGCCCCCGAGUUGGCCGCAGCUCUACUCGCCGCUGCCAUAGUUACUGUCUGGGUGUUAACUGGACAUUGGCUGCUAAUGGACGCUAUGGGUAUGGGUCUUUGCGUGACCUUUAUUGCGCUGAUCCGUCUGCCCUCGCUGAAGGUGUCCACUCUUCUACUCACGGGUCUACUUCUUUAUGAUGUCUUCUGGGUGUUCUUCUCGUCAUAUAUAUUCACUGCCAAUGUUAUGGUGAAGGUUGCUACCAGGCCAGCCGAAAAUCCAAUGAACGUGGUCGCUCGUCGCUUGCAGCUGGGCGGGGCGAUGCGAGACGCGCCCAAACUGUCCCUUCCUGCCAAACUCGUCUUCCCUUCCAUGCAUCAUCAGGGACACUUCUCUAUGCUUGGUUUGGGUGACAUAGUGAUGCCCGGUCUGUUGCUGUGUUUCGUGUUGCGCUACGACGCGUACAAGAAGGCCACGCUCGUGUGUCAGAUGGGACAAGUUCCGGGCCCACGGUCUAUGGGUUCCCGUCUAACAUACUUCCACUGCUCUCUACUGGGCUACUUCCUGGGACUACUGACAGCGACAGUAUCCGCGGAAGUGUUUAAGGCUGCUCAACCCGCGCUACUUUACCUCGUGCCCUUUACGCUACUGCCGCUACUCACUAUGGCAUAUGUCAAGGGUGAUCUAAGAAGAAUGUGGAGUGAACCGUUCAUAGCGCCACCUAACGGCAAGUUGGGGGCUGACUUCGACGUCUGAAUGAAACUUUUCAUUUUACAACUUAUGGGUUCUCAGCCAAUGGUCUAAAACAGGUCCUGCAUAACUAUUUAUACUUAAAAAUGUCUGAAUUUAUUUUAUAAAUAGUAGACUAGGAAACAAACGGAUACAUACAGUCCAUCGAGACUCGCUGUAGAUCUAGUAUGAAUUAGUGAGAAAAUCAUUAUUAAACUAAAAUUGUUUUACCACGAAUUUGGAAAUUCUAUGUUUCAAAAUAUU